AUGAUGUCCUUUACUUCUGAGAAAACGCCGCUACUCCCUGUCGUCGAACGCACUCUGGACGCCUAUGUCAGGAACAUGGAACAGCGCCGUCGCGAAGGCAUCGAGUACGCAUUGCUGGUAUCGACACUGCUGCUGACGGUCUUCCAAUUCCUGGUACUUUACAGCGGCGACAGCCUCGUGCCCGUAGCUCUGGACAGCCGCUACUACGCCCUGGUGGCCCAGCUCGCGCGCGGCCUGCGCAUGUCGAUUCCGGCCAGCCUGCCCACCGCAGCCAUCUUCUUCAUUGUUGCGCCGUACCUGGUGCAGAAGGAGCGGGUUGUGAUGACGCGGUACGCAAUCCUCGUGUGUUAUUUGAUGGGGUCGACGCUGGGCGCGUUGCUGCUCUAG